AUGGCUGGAGCUCCGUUUGGUGCAGGGAUUGAUGCGUACCUGAUAUUCGCCGCCUCAGUACUUGCUGCCAACUCUGUGAUGCGGUCCAUCUUCGCUUGUGUCUUCCCUCUCUUCACCACCUACAUGUUCAAUAACAUGGGGAUCUACUGGGGCGUAGCUGUUCCUGGAUUUAUUGUACUCGCCUGUCUUCCAUUCCCCGUUAUAUUCUAUGUUGACGGUGCAAAGAUCAGAACGCGUUCCCACAACCCUCGACUGACCGAAGGAAACACGAUUACCAAAAUGUAG